AUGAUGGACGGAGGCAGAGUGUCGGACUUCAGCAUCGAGCGCAUCCUGUCCCCGCAGGUCGGACCCAGGCCGCAGGUGGCGGAUCUCCCACAGACAGUGUCCGGGGGACUCACUCUGGACUUCGGCUACGCCGGGCCCGCGGCCCCGGGCCCGGCCGCGGCCGCGUGCUGUCAGCGGUACCGAGGGAUGGGCUUCGUUGAGGCGUGUUAUCCGUGUGGGACGUGCUUCCACCGCCCGGACCUUCACCUCUGCCCCGGAGUUUGUGUUCACGCUGCAGACGCGCAGCUGUGCGCCGGUUUCCACGUCCUCCCGCACCCCGCGGCGCCUCCGCAGGCGCCGCUCCGGCAGAAGACCCGGAUGAGGACGGUGUUCACCGACGCUCAGAGCAGGCAGCUGGAGGCGCUGUUCGAGCUCAGCGACUACCCGCACGUGGAGGCGCGCGCCGAGCUGGCGAGACGCACGGGCCUCAGCGAGGAGACCGUGAGGGUGUGGUUUAAGAACCGACGGGCUCGAAGGAAGCGGCAGUGCAGCGGCGCCGGCGUCCAGUCUCCCCCCUCUCCCCCAGAGAAGCCCCCGUUCCUCUGACGCUGGGCACGAGCCGCUCUAGUUGGACCGGUGCUGGUCCACAUAACCGCUGUUGACCUGGGGUGAUGCGUUCACGGCCUGCUGGGAAAGUCACCCGAAGCUGAACUGUACAAGUGAAUCUUGAAUAUUUGGGCUUAGUUCAACUGAAUGAUUCAAAGAUUGAUCUUCAUAUUUUAAUGCAAGUUAUUUAAGAUGCUCUUUGUAGUUUUAAAACACAAGCACCGUUUAUAAUGAUGUGAUUUAAAACUGUCUUUUGUUACUUUUGUUAGAUUUUUAUGAACUUUUUUUUCUUGUAUUUAUUUCGACAGUCAGACUGAGUGUGUAUGGUUUUGUUAAAGCGACCACUGAGUUUCUACUGAUGCUGGUUUAUAUGGACACUGCACAUUUUGGGAAAUAAAACAGAUCCUAAAACUGGACGUUACAUUUUUUUGUGUCAAGUCAAGUAUGAAGUUAUG